CUGAUCGUCGACGACGAAGCCACCAACGUCGAGAUUUUCGACCUGAUGCUGUCGAAGCUCGGCUUCCAUACGGAGACCGCCUCCGACGGCGUAGAAGCGCUGGACAGGCUGCGCAGCUUUCGACCCGCGCUGAUGCUGCUGGACAACAUGAUGCCGCGGAUGACCGGCUGGGAGGUGACGCGGAGCAUCAAGCACGGUGACGAGCUCGCCGAUUACCGCGACGUAUCGAUCAUCAUGUUUUCGGCGGCCGACGACGUCGAAGACAAGGUACAGGGGCUGGAGUUGGGCGUGGACGACUACAUCACCAAGCCGUUCAACUUCACCGAGGUGUUGGCUCGCAUCCGGGCGGUCCUGCACCGGCGCCAUCUGCAGGAACAGGUGACGCGCCGAGAGCAUCGGAUCGGCGUCAUCGAGUCGCUGAACGAGUCGCUGAUUUUCUUCUCCCAGCAUGUGCGGCGGCCGCUCGAGCGGCAGUUGCAGACAUUGGACGAGGCCGGGGCGGGAGAUGUCGACACCGUGGCGCUCGGAAGGUUCGCGAACCGCGUCAAGGACGACGCGCGGGCCAUCCUGGCCAAGCUCGACGCCUUGGAGCAGGAGAUCGGCGAUUUGCAGCGGCAAGGGGAUGAGCUCAAGGCGGGUGACCUCUCUCUCGAGGAGCUCCACCGGCCGCUGGCCGGUAUCGCGUCGGCCGGCGUGGCCGGCUCCUGA